GAUGCCCGCCUCCUUCCGCUUUCUUACGGUCCACUUCCGGGUCUUCUCGAUUUUCGAGUGUUUGGGCGCGAAUUACUUGAGAGGUUGAAGAAGCAUCAGUCUGUGAUUUUUGAAGAACUGUUAUAAUUGCACUAUUUAGAUGAAGAUGCCCGGUAAAACAAAUGCUUCCAAGAAGUCUCAGCAGUUAAAAAGAAAUCCAAAAAGAAAAAUUGAUGAUGAAGAAGUAAAGUUGCCAGAGAAGGAGGUUAGAAAAACAGUAAAAAGAAAUAAAAAUCAUACAAAACGUCUGUCUUCUGAAGGGCAAACAAAUCUAAAACGGGUAAAGAUAAGCUCCACCAAGAGAAAAACUUGGCAGCCUCUUUCAAGGAGUACCAGAGAGCAUUUGCAAACUAUGAUGGAAUCAGUAAUAAUAGCAAUUUUGAGUAACAGUAUUAAAAACAAAGAACAAAUUCAAUAUCAUCUCAACUGUCUGAAGAAAAGGUUGCUACAACUGUAUGAAACUCUCAAAGCCCCUUCCAAAAAGCUAAAAGAUUUAACUAAUGUGUCAAGUCUACUGAAUAUGGAAAGAGCACAGGAAAGAGUUAAUGAAGAUGGUCUGACAUUACUACAGGAAGAAAUAGAUAAACUAGUGGAGACCACAGAGUUGAUGACUGGGAAGAUUCAGAGCCUAAAGAACGAAAUACAGAUUCUGGCAAGUGAGGUGGAAGAGGAGGAGCAGAAGAUGCUUCAAAUGAGUAGUAGUGGGGUACUCUCUCUUCCACAACUUUCUCAGAACAGUCUGAAAGCACCCACACUUCAGAAAGAAAUUUUGACACUAAUUCCAAACCAGGAUGCUCUCCUAAAGGACUUGGAUGUUCUUCAUAAUUCAUCCGAGGUGAAAAACAUGUUAAACUUCAUCGAAGAAGCCUAUAAGAAAGUAGAGGCCUCUUGAAGAAUUUUUUUAUAUUGUUCCAUAUUAAGUUUUUACUUUUGAAUUUGUAGUUGUUAAUGUAUAAUGAUAUUAUAAGCACUGAAGCUUAUUGUUUCCUAAUAUGCACUUUAAAAUUAACUUCUGGAAGCAAGUGUUUGGCUUGGUGGUUAAGACCAUUGUGCCCCACAUUGCAGUGCCUACGUUCAGCUACCAGCUCCAGUUCUAGCUACAGCUUCCUGGAGUUCUAUCUCUAGCUUUUCAUGUGCAAAUUUUGGGAAUCACCCAUGAUGGCUCAAGUAACUGAGUCCCUGAAGCCCACAUGGGAGACCUAGAUUGUGUUUCUGACCCCGGAGUUUGACCCGAACCCAUCCCUGACUGUUGUGGACAUUUGGGAAGUAAGUCAAUCAAUCUGUCUAACUAUCUUCAUCUUAAAUAAAUAACAUUUUAAAAAUAAAAAAUAAAAUUAGUCUCUGUAGUUCUAUCAUUAAUAUCUAAUAUAGUCCUGAACUUUUUUCAUCACUUGCUAAUCUAAUAAGUCAGUAUUUUUAUUGCUAUAUCCUUAAUUAUUUGCCUAAAACUAUAAACUAAAAAUAGUUAUGAUCUUUUUGUUUGGAAUUCAUUUACUGGUUACCAUAGAGAACUUAGGAUAAUAUAAUUUAAUAUAUGUAAAGUGUUUAUGUGGUGCCUAAUGAAUAAACCAUAAGUAUUUGCUAUCACUUAUUCUAUAGCUGCAGUUUCUUUCUGGUCAUCUGGAACAUGAGAAACCCUCAAAUGCCUUCACUAUGUUUCCUAAUUCCUUAGUCUUUAUGGAGAGUUAAGGUUUGUUGGGUAUUUUUUUAACUUCAAAGGUAGCAUCAACAGUUUAUUUACUUUUCUGGUUGGUUAGUAAAUAGAUAUUGAAUGUUUGUUUUCUGCUGCUUUCAAUACAUGUUUUCACUUAAGAAAAUUAUUAAAAAAGAAUCUAUG